UACAUAUUUUCAAAAUGGCGGACAAAGCAAGCACGCCGUGUGAGUUUGAGUGAAGUGUUAUCGCUAAAGAAUCGUGCUGUUUUGUUACAUUUCUUCGCACCCUAUUAUGGCUAAAAGCAAGUACGAAUAUGUGCGAAAGUUUGAGCAAAAUGACGCAUGUCUUCCUAACUGCUGGAUUGUUGUGCGCGUAGACGGACGGAACUUCCACAGGUUUUCUGACAGCCAUGGAUUCAAAAAGCCCAACGAUCCUAGGGGACUUGGGCUCAUGAAUAAAUGUGCAGAAGCCGUCAUGACUGAGUUUGGGGAUAUUGUCAUCUGCUAUGGGCAGAGUGACGAAUAUAGUUUUGUGUUUAGGAAAAACACAACACAGUUCAGCAGAAGAGUAAGUAAGCUGAUCACCAAUGUUGUGUCUCUGUUUGCGGCGACAUAUGUAUUCCAUUGGGCAUCUUUCUUCACUGAUCAGCACCUCCUAUACCCACCAAUGUUUGACGGCAGAGUUGUUCUCUAUCCGAGUGAUAAGAAUCUCAGAGACUACUUGAGCUGGCGCCAGGCAGACUGUCAUAUCAAUAAUCUUUACAACACAUGUUUCUGGUGCCUUGUGAAUCAAGGGGGGGUGACACAAACAAAGGCAGAAGAGAGGCUCUGUGGGACAGUUUCAAGUGACAAGAAUGAAUUGUUGUUCUCUGAAUUUGACGUAAACUACAACAAUGAACCAGAGCUUUACAGAAAGGGAAGCAUCCUUAUUUGGGUGCAGAAAAAUGAAGCAAGCACAGAAGAAAAUACCACAGACAAAAAGAAAAGAAUUCGGCGUAAAGUUACGACACUACACACUGAUAUCAUAGGAGAUGGAUUUUGGGAUGAACACAGGGAGAUCCUUACCAGCUCAUGACGCCAACGUAGUAUUUGGGGAAUAACCCGAAUAGAGCACCAUGGGGGAGGGAGGCACCAAAAAUAGGUCAGGUGCUAGCUGGAAAGCUUGGUGCAUGGUUGCAUGGUUCUAGCAGGCCUAGAAUUAUUAGGGGGGGCACAGCCACGCCCCUGCUGGUCAUUUCCUUAUAAUUUUUUUUAAUAUUAAGGGAGCACGUGGCCCCAGUGACCCACCCCCACCCCACCCCACCCUACGGCCCUGCAUUGAAAUUGAAACUGGAACAUCGAUUUUCCCUUCAGACUGGUAGCCAGUCCCUAGUACUCUAUUUCGCUUAAUUUUUGCGUCACUUUAAUUUCGCGAAUUUAAAAGAUUCGCGAAAAUAAAUAAAAAUUAAGUGAGUACACAAGAAGCCUUUGGGGGAAUAUUGGCCGUUUAAUAAGCUUUAUGGAAGCACCUUGUCUAUUUAGUCAUCUAUACAUAUAGUACGGUAAGGGGUUGAGUUGGACUUGUAUUUAUAGAUUUUUAUGAAACUACAUUUAGCCCACGCAUCUCUUGUUAUAAAUUGUUUCAGUUUUGAUGAUUACAGCACAUUUUAAUUCCACUUUUUUUGCUUGAUUUAUUAUCCCAAAAUCGCGAAAAUAAAGUGAUCUGUUUUUUACGAAAAUAGGAAAAUCGCGAAAAUAAAGUGUCGCGAAAUAUCGCAAUCUCAAAAUCGCGAAAUUUUGACGUCGCAAAAAUUGAGUAAUAAGGUUAGAGGGCAAGAGCAAGUCGUACGAAGGUUUUAUAGAAACAACUUUUUAUGUCCUAUUUUGCAUGUAUCCAUAUAGCCUUUGCAAACCGUCUUUACAUUUCUGCCUGCGUUUUUUUUUUAGCCAGGGCAAAAAAAUAAAAACACUCUUCACAAC